AUGGCUUCUUCCAGUAGCUACUCCAACCCUCCAUGUGCAGCUUGUAAAUUUUUGAGAAGAAAGUGUCUACCAGGUUGCAUCUUUGCUCCUUAUUUUCCACCAGAAGAGCCACAAAAAUUCGCAAAUGUACACAAAAUAUUUGGUGCAAGCAAUGUAAGUAAACUCCUCAAUGAAAUUCAAGCUCACCAGAGAGAAGACGCGGUUAAUUCUCUUGCUUAUGAAGCUGAAGCGCGUAUGAAAGAUCCAGUUUAUGGUUGUGUUGGAGCUAUCUCAGUUUUACAAAGACAAGUUUUACGCCUUCAGAAAGAACUUGAUGCUACCAAUGCUGAUUUGAUGAGAUAUGCUAGUAAUCAACAGAGUAAUAAUAAUUAUAAUUAUGGGACAAGUCAUGAUGAUCAUCAUCAAACUAAUUAUGGAUUUUCUCCUAAUACUACAUGGAACAAUAACCCUGAAGCAGAUGAUGAUAUACAGUAG